AUGCUCGACGAAAACCUUCCAACCUUUCGGUUCAAGCCGUCGUCAGACGACCUACUCUCAACCAUACUUUACUUCACUCAGAACGGUUCCGAGCCAUCUCCCGAGUAUCUAUUGCGAAAACUAGACCCCGCGCUGCCAGCUUCUCGCAACAAGUAUGGCGUUGGGCUUUGCGAUCCUUAUAACCACAAUGUUGUAUACGGCGAGGUGACGGUCGAACCGGAAUGGACACUGCCUACCCUCUCCGCGGCCGAGAUCCGCGCCCAAGCACAGUCUGGUGCUCCUCCUGCGCCAGCGACAGCGAUUAUUCCAGACAGCUUCUCUAUCCAACUUUAUGAUCCAGAUCAGACUAUCGCAGUGAAGCUGAUGGCAGGCAGCUGGAACAAGAGUGAUACCUGGGAGUUUGAGAUUCCAGUUCAGACAUUUAAAACUCCCACGACGAGCGAGCUCGACCGUGAGCAGCAGAACAUCUCUCCAGCAGCUGCUGAUCUGAUCCCGCGGAUCAUGUUCCGUUGGAAAAAGGAGGGCAAACUCAGCAAGGAUAUGACAUGUUACAUGUCAGGCAAGAACACGGCAGGCAAGAAGAGCAAGGAGCCCGAUAUCACAGUCGCCAUGUACAAGGGAUCAAGAGAAAGCGCCAUGACGCUCUACCAACCAAACCUUCACCGAGUAGAGGUUGAAGACCGCAAGGGACUAGAGUUGGUCCUCCUCCUCGGCGCAGAAGUCAUCAAGGAUCUCUACCUCAACCCCAAGCCAGGGCUGUUCAACGUCUCGGCCACCAGCCCCGGGCCCCUCCCCAACCCGCAGAAGAGGAAGAACUCCCGUCCCAAUGUGGUGGCAGCAGCAGCAGUUGUUCCACCCCCGGCAGCAACCCCCCCAGCCGCCAUGUCAGGAGCCUUGAACAACACUCCUCCCCCGGUCAAGAGCAACACAAUGCCUACUACCUCCUCCAAACCUGGCGCAGCUCCCCCAACAACAACAGCAAACAACAUCCCACCCCCGCCCCCCGGCGGCCCACCAAACAAACAUGCCGUAACCUUUACCUCCACCCCUACAGCCUCCAUCGAAGCAGAAACCCGCCGCCUGCAAGAACUCGUCGAGCGCGAACAACGCGAGCGGGAGAAGGCCGAGCGUGCAGAGCAGAAGCGCAUCAAAAAGAUGCUCGAAGAGGAGGAAAAGGCCCAGCGCAAGCGAGAAGCGGAAAUCGCCAAAGAAACGGAGCGUCUGCGCAAGAAGUAUGGGGUUGAGGGCCAGGACCUCCCAUCGGAUCGGCCUUCUUUGCCUCCUAGGCCGGCGUCAUCGGUGAAUAACUCGCCUUCUAUCCCGCAGCAGCAACAGUUUUUCCCUGCCCCCCCGCCGCCACAGCAGCAGCAGCCGCAGUGGUUAGGUGCCCCGGCACCGGCGCUGCCUCCACGACCGGUGAGUGCGGGGCCGGGGUCGGGCCCGAAUCAACAGCAAGGGGACCAGGGGCCGUUUCAUUGCAAUAAGCUGAAUGUGCUUUGGAAGGGGGCGGGGCAGCAGUUGGAGCAUGUGAGGAGUCAGGUUGAGAGUAGGAUGAGUCCGGAGUUGCAGGCGAAGUUGAGCCAGACGCUGCCGCAUAGGCCGAAGAAGGAGGAGGAGGGGGGUGGGGGACGGAGGAGGGUGCAGAGGAAGAGGAGUUCUGGGUUUUAG